ACGUACACUAUUUACAAACCACAUCCAUUCCCUCUACAUUAUUUCCUCCAUUUCUCUUCUUCCUUCGGAACUCCAUCACCUUCCUCCCUGGCUCUCCGCAGUCACCUUCUCUCAGGUAGUUGUUUUAUUUUGAAGAAUUCUUGGAGAAAAGAAGCGUAUGAAGUUCUUUUAUCUUCAUAAUUUGAGGAACGAAGAUGGUGGCUUCAUCGGCAAUGGCGUCUGUAGUGGGAAAUGGUUUGUCCAGUAGUAAAACCAGAACAAGUGUUUCCAAGGAAAUUUAUGGGGGGCAGUUUGUCCAAUCCUCAUGCCUUUCAUCAAUGAAUAACAUGUGUAAAGUAGUAUAUAUUAGAGCAUCACUAGAUCAAAGGAGAAAUGAUGGAAGAAGAGGUUUUCUUAAAUUGUUGCUUGGUAACUCUGGACUUGCUGUACCUGCAUUAUUAGGCAAUGGAAAAGCUAUUGCUGAUGAGCAAGGUGUAUCCAAUUCAAGGAUGUCCUAUUCUAGAUUUUUGGAGUAUCUAGAUAAGGAUAGAGUGACAAGAGUUGAUUUGUUUGAAAAUGGAACUAUUGCUAUUGUUGAGGCUAUAUCUCCAGAAUUGGGUAACCAAGUCCAGAGAGUGCGUGUACAACUCCCAGGCCUCAGCCAGGAGCUCCUUCAAAAGCUUAGGGAGAAGAAUAUCGACUUUGCUGCCCAUAAUGCACAAGAGGACUCUGGUUCUCUUUUGUUUAAUUUAAUUGGAAACUUGGCCUUCCCUUUAAUUUUGAUAGGGGGUCUAUUCCUUCUCUCACGACGGUCUUCUGGGGGAAUGGGUGGGCCUGGAGGGCCUGGUUUCCCUCUUGCCUUUGGUCAAUCAAAGGCUAAGUUCCAAAUGGAACCAAACACUGGUGUCACGUUUGAUGACGUUGCUGGCGUGGAUGAAGCAAAGCAAGAUUUUAUGGAGGUGGUGGAAUUCCUGAAGAAGCCUGAGAGAUUCACUGCUGUGGGCGCUCGUAUUCCUAAGGGAGUUCUUCUUGUUGGUCCUCCAGGUACUGGAAAGACAUUGCUAGCAAAGGCAAUCGCUGGUGAAGCAGGUGUUCCAUUUUUCUCGAUUUCAGGUUCUGAGUUUGUUGAGAUGUUUGUUGGAGUCGGUGCCUCAAGAGUCCGUGAUCUUUUCAAGAAGGCCAAGGAAAAUGCUCCCUGCAUUGUGUUUGUUGAUGAAAUUGAUGCUGUUGGCCGUCAAAGAGGAACUGGUAUUGGUGGAGGCAAUGAUGAAAGGGAGCAAACGCUAAACCAGCUCUUGACAGAAAUGGAUGGUUUUGAAGGGAAUACUGGUAUAAUUGUUAUUGCAGCUACUAACCGUGCUGAUAUUCUCGACUCUGCCUUAUUGAGGCCAGGAAGGUUUGAUAGACAGGUCACUGUUGAUGUCCCAGAUAUUCGUGGAAGAACAGAGAUCCUAAAGGUUCAUGCAAGUAAUAAAAAGUUUGACUCAGAUGUAUCACUUGAAGUGAUAGCUAUGAGGACACCUGGUUUCAGUGGAGCAGAUCUUGCUAAUCUCUUAAAUGAGGCAGCUAUUCUGGCUGGUCGGCGUGGAAAGACAGCCAUCUCAUCAAAAGAAAUCGAUGAUUCAAUUGACAGGAUAGUUGCUGGAAUGGAAGGAACAGUCAUGACAGAUGGCAAGAGCAAAAGUCUUGUGGCAUACCAUGAAGUGGGUCAUGCCAUCUGCGGAACUUUGACCCCUGGGCAUGAUGCUGUUCAGAAGGUCACCUUAGUUCCACGUGGUCAAGCACGCGGUUUGACGUGGUUCAUCCCUGCAGAUGAUCCAACCUUGAUAUCAAAGCAGCAACUUUUUGCCAGAAUUGUUGGUGGGCUCGGUGGAAGAGCUGCUGAGGAGGUUAUAUUUGGUGAGCCGGAGGUGACAACUGGCGCAGUCGGUGAUUUGCAACAGAUCACUGGCUUGGCCAAGCAGAUGGUUGUUACUUUUGGCAUGUCCGACAUAGGUCCGUGGUCACUGAUGGACGCAUCUGCCCAAAGUGCUGACGUGAUCAUGAGAAUGAUGGCAAGGAAUUCCAUGUCCGAAAAGCUUGCUGAAGAUAUUGAUGCUGCAGUCAAGAGGAUUUCAGAUGAGGCUUAUGUGAUUGCAUUAAGCCACAUCCGGAACAACCGUGAAGCAAUUGAUAAGAUCGUGGAAGUCCUUCUUGAGAAGGAGACUAUGACAGGAGAUGAAUUUCGGGCUAUUCUUUCGGAGUUUGUGGAGAUUCCAGCUGAAAAUAGAGUUCCUCCUACACCAGCUCCAGUAACUGCACAAUAGCAUACCAUAUUCUUUAAAAUCCUAUUGAUAGAAAUGCAAUUAUUGUUUCUUGUAUAAGUUCCUAGUCGCACUGGUGUAGUAACAGAAGUGAAACAGAUGAGCUGUUGCCCCCUGUGUCUUGUGCAGAGAUUGGUAUAGUCAGUGCAGAAGCGAGCAAAGAACGGUAACCAUUUUUUCUGCCGCUUCAUUUCCAGUUGGCUCUUGAACCUAUUUUUCCAGAAA